AUGAAUGCAUUCAGAAACUUCGGCGUCAAUCGUGCAGCUCUGGCCUAUGCCAUGACUACACUGGGAGCAAGCAUGAUAAACAAUGUAUUUGGCUUCUACUAUGUCAAACUCUUCCUCAACAAGUACCAAAUCUCAGAAGGAGCUUUCCACCAAUCACAAGUGGUGUACAUGGUGUGGAACGCGUUCAAUGACCCUCUCUUCGGAUACAUGCAAGAUAAUUCCAAAGUGCUUUGCUGCUCUCAGCGACGUCUGUCCAUCCUAUACGGGGCUCCCUUCUACUCACUGGCGUUUCUUAUAGCCUGGUUCCCAUGGCGGACCUACACCACUGGGGACUGGAUGAGUGGCCUACAUUUGAUGGUGGCGCUGUGUGCUUUUGAUGGCAUGCUGACUUUUGUGCUGUUGGCACAAUGUGCACUAUUCACAGAGAUUUCCAGCAACCAUAACAACCGACUAAGACUAAUAAAGUACAGCCAGGUGGCAUCUCUUAUUGGUUCCUCCAGUGUCCUUUUCUGUGGUGUGCUGUCCAAUAACAUGGAGGACUUUGCAUCCUUCCAAGCCUUCACAGUGCUAAUUGCUGUCCUAAGCUGCGUCUGCAUGCUCUACACGGGCUUCCACAGUGACAGCCGCUAUGACAACAGAGGAUCAGAUUCAGUUUCUGGGUGUGAUCACACAUCCCAUCAAUCAGUGUUGUCCAUCUCCAUGUUAAGAACACUUAUGUGGCAAAUCCUGACCAAUCGGGACUUCCAGCUAUUUGUGCUCAUGAACUUCUUCCACGUUUUCAUGCUGUCUUUCUUUAACAACUUCAUGAUGAUCUUUGUUGAGCACUUGAUUCCUCCAGAUGUGCUUCCAUCCUUGGCCAAGAGCAUCAUGUAUGGGGCAGGACACAUCUGUCCACAGUUGUUAGUGUUGAGCGGUCGGAGACUGCUGCAAGGCGUUGGCUACUACAAGAUUAUCCUCUGCAGCUUCUACAUAGAAGCAGGAAUGGCAGCUGCCAUGCUCCUGCUUGGUCGUCAGCACUACUAUAUUGUGGCAUUUUUCCUCACCAUCAACCUGGUCUUACGCCAAGCAUCCUGCAGUCUCUUUGGGCUGCCUUUGGCUGACAUCAUUGACAAGGACAUGCAGCAGUACAAGCGCAGUGCCCCUCUCUCCUCUAUGGUGUUUGGGACAAAUGCUCUCUUCACUAAGCCAGCUCAUUCUCUGGCUCCUAUGUUGGUGCUCAGUAUUGUCAAUCAGUUUGGAUAUGAAAAGCUGAAGGACCUAGGACAGGAUGCAAAUUCAAGUGACUUGGAAAGCCUCCAUGAUGUGAUGUUCUACUUAGUGUGUGUGGUGCCAAUAUGUGUCGCUGCUGCACAAGUCCUGGCUUGGAAGCCUUUCUCUAUCCGCCAAAGUCACUCAGUCGAAACAAAGUGUAUUGAUGGCUAGUUUUUGUGCUCACUGUGCUCAAUGUCGAAAGUAAUGUUUGUAGAAUACUUGGUUGUAAUGGUGUUCAUGAAUGUACAUAAUGUUUUCAUACAGAUAAAUA